CACGCUCCUAACUCACUCACUCACUCACGCCUCUGCAUCUUGGGUUCGACCUUACAGUCUGCUCUCCUUGAUUCUCAAGCUCGACCUGGCCAUCUCUACACUAACAACAUCUUUGUCUUCAGCACACUCCUUGUAGACUCCCACCGACUUCUGGUCUAAGGCAACCGGCCUGAUACCCCGCCAACACACUCACUCUCUUGAACAAACCACGUUACAGUCAAGAUGCCGGCGGCAUCACCUCAGACAGUCAAACUAAAAUCCACCCUGCGCCUAUUGAUUCCACGGCUCCGCAAUGCGCAAAAGAAAGACACGGCGCUCUCGAUCGCGGCGAGGCGUGAAAUGGCCGAACUCCUCUCACAAUCGCGCGAGGCCUCGGCGCGCAUCCGCGUCGAGAACAUCAUCCACACCGACAUCACGGUCGAACUGAUGGAGAUCCUCGAGCUCUACGCCGAACUCCUCCUCGCCCGCGCGGGCCUGCUCGACGUGCGUGACAAAAACAUCAAGGAAGGUCUGAAUGUCAAUUCCACAUCGGAGGGCGAAAGUAACAACAGCAACAACAAUACCGGUCUCGAAGAGGCGGCGGCAAGCAUCAUAUACUCGGCACCGCGACUGGCGCGCGACGUCAGGGAGCUCGGGCUCGUGCGGAACAUGCUGAUCGAGCGGUUCGGCAAGGAGUUUUCGAUGCGCGCCAACGAGAAUCAGGACGGCAUCGUGCCGGCGCGGGUCGCGGACAAAUUGAAGGUCGACCCGCCAAGUGCGAGGCUGGUCCAGGCGUACCUCGAGGAGAUUGCGCGCGCGUACGGCGUGGACUGGCCGCCGAACCGGGAAGAUGUGGAUGAGUUGAGCAGGGAGGUCGACAACGAAGAACAAGAACGAGCCGCGGGGAUCGACGAUGAUGACGACGAUGAUGGUGUAGGAGGAGGAUCAAAGGAGCUGCCCAUCCUCGCGGAGGGUGCUGCACCCGCGACACCACAGAAACCGCCGAACAAGAUCGACAUCGGGUCCUUGCAGAGGGCGACGCCGCCGUCCAGUCUAGCGCCCGGAGGUGCGAAGAGUCCAGUCUCUGUGGCGCCCCCAGCACCGCGGUCGGACAAUCCAAGUCCAAAGGUCAAGUUGCCCGGCGGAGGGGAGAUCGGAAAGGAUAUCAAGUCUAGACCGCCGCCGGCGACGGGGUCAACGACGAAGGGAAAGGCGGCUCCAGCGGGAGGAGGAGGAACCUCCGCAGGUCUUUUGCCAGGAAAGGUUCCUACAGUGGAUGACUUGGCCAAGAGGUUCCAGGCGCUGAAAAGAUGAUGAUGGUUGGGUACUCCAUGAGAAUGUGAACAUUUUGUUACGACUACCCUAUGAAGGUCCGGAAGCGGGAGGCUUCUAGCAUUCCAGACUUUCCGACACACUGUCCGCUCAUCCAUUUGUAGAAUUCAUGUUGACCGGGAGGAAUUGAUUGCCUGGCGGCCUCCCCUCCUGUCUUCGACUGUCGAUGUCAGACAGUCACGGGGAAACGUCAACACGAGAUAGCGACACCGAGCUUCAGCCUGGACAGACCAAUCCACCGCGACAAUUGUGAGCGCCGCUGGAUUUUGGCCGUUGAUCGAGCAUUUAAUGCUCCCUCCAAGUCGCAGACUUUAUACAGCUGUUAUGAUGUUCGGCUCGUCCGUGCUUG